AUGGUAACCUGUACUCGAAACGGCUGCAGAAAAGAAUUCGUGGAGGAGGACAACGCCGACGAUGUUUGCAGAUACCAUCCUGGUGCACCAGUGUUCCACGAAGGACUCAAAUCCUGGUCAUGCUGUUCGGAUGUGAAUAAACCGGAACUCGACUUCGAGGAAUUCAUGAAGAUAGAGGUGUUUUGCAUGCAUACGACGGCGUCCAACAAGCCACUAGCAGGAGAGAAGGCUUCGGCUCCAGUAGAGGUUCGGUCAUCCGAGUCUGCCGAUGGUACGGAGACAUUCACUACGGGCAUGUCUGCGUCCUUCCUUUCAACUCUUCCUCCUGCUCCUCCUAAGCCAAGCACGCCUGCGCCACCUCCUGUCGAAGAAGAAGAGGAUGAUCUCAGCGUUCCAGUGGAUUCCGGAACGGAAUGCAGGAGAAAGGGAUGCGGCGUUAAAUUCAUUAGUCAACAAGAGAGCAGGCUCGGUGAUGGUGAAAACGCCGUCUGCACCUACCACCCAUCUCCACCGAUCUUCCAUGAAGGAAGCAAGGGUUAUCUCUGUUGUAAACGACGAGUGCUUGAGUUUGAAGAAUUUCUGAAGAUCGAGGGAUGUAAAACAGGCAAACAUUUAUUUGCGCCAAAGAAGAACGGAUAUCUCAAGGCAGAAGUCCAGACUACCUGUCGAAUAGAUCACUAUCAGACACCAACGAACGUCUGUGUGUCAAUUUUUGCUAAGCAAGCGGACAAGUCGCGUAGUACAGUCAAUCUCGAGGAAAAUGAAGUGUAUCUUGACCUUUUCUUGCCGGACUCAAAGAGAUUUACUCGUUCGUUAAUUCUUUUUGGGCCCAUUGUUCCAGAAGAGUCGAGAUAUACCGUAAUGGGGACAAAGGUUGAACUCAAUCUAAAGAAGAAGGACAACCGAAGCUGGAAUCUUCUUGAAAAGACUGAGCAAGACCUUGGGGUGUUUAACCUGACUUUUGGUGUUGGAGGAAGGACGGGGACGAUUGGCAGUCGAGCACCUCCCAUACUUGCAGAAAAUAACAGGGCAGCGGUAGCAUGA